UUAGUCAAUUCUACAUUCUUCUGUAUAAAUUAGGGAAAAAUAUGUCAGUAGAUAGAUUUAAUUGAACACUAAUCAAUCGAUUAUGCAGAUGACAAAAUGUGUCAUAUAAUUUCGCGAUUUUAAACACAAUUUUGAAUGAAGUAAUCAUUAAAAGAAAGUUUAUCUUUUACUCAACGUUCUACAUUGUUUCCUUUUGUACAAUUAUCUAAAAUGACACAGAAUUUACCACACAUCUUACUGAGUAUUUUAAAAAAAAUGCGUAUGCACAAGUUAUGUAAAUUUUUCUUUCUACGGAAGCGUGUUGUGACCAAAAUCACGAAAAUCUAGGGACAUUUUUAAAAUGUUAAAUUUGACUUAUUUCAAAGAGUUGGCAUGUUUUAUGAAUUGUGGAAAUCAUAAUUAAAACAAUAUCAUGUUAACUUGAUGUAAGCAAAUGUAUUUUGUAAUACAUAUUAAGGAUUACGGACCCUAAUAAAUCGGUAAAUAUCGGGUAAAAUCGUGAAACGUGGUAGAAGGCCCGAAGCUACCUUCGCCUUUUCUCGCCACUUAUCGUAUAACCUUUUUUUAGCGACAGUGACGUCAGUUUUCACAGGAAGCAAUAUGGCCGCUCGCUUGCGAAACUGUCGUGGCCGGUACGCCAAAAAAACAAAUAACGUUAAAAUUAAGAAGUUUGAAAGGAUUGUAAUUGAACAUAAUUAUGUAACGGACAAUUCUGUGCAAAGUGGUGAUUCCGCUGAAGUGUUUAGUGACCAAAAUCUUACGCAACAGUGGAAAAUUGGGCGGAGAAUCAUUGAACUAGGUGUUCUUCUUGAAAAUUUGAAAUUUUGCAAAUCGUGCAGGUUAAGACCAGUUCCACUGACAUUAUACAGUGUACAAAAGGAAAUUAAGAAGGGACUUGGUGGAUAUCUGUAUGUGCAGUGCCAAAAUUUAAAUUGCGGUUUCAUUAACUGUGUUCCGUAUGGGAAAACCCACAGGGGAAAAUCAGGAAAAUCAGGCAUGCCUUGUUUUGCAGUAAAUACCAAGCUUGGUACAGCUAUGAUAGACAGUAUUGGAGGUCCAACAAAGGUUAACAAUAUGCUGUCCACCCUCAACUUACCAACAUUGUCCAAUAACAAGCUGAAAAAAAUGGAACGCAGGGCAGGAGAAGCUAUUGAGUGUGUGGCAUCUAAAUCAACUUCAACAGCUGCUCAUAAUGCUUUCAGUAUGGAAAUACAGAUGCUACUCAAUACUGAAUUGAAUGACAAUGACUGGUCGGAUGUGGAGGAGGAACCAUCAAAACAACAUGAGAAGAAAUCAAGUCAUAUGAAUUAAAUUCAGCAUGCAGGAAAGAACAGAAAACACCCUCAUAGCUUGAGCCAGGCACCAUGUGCGCGGAAAAAUAUCUCAAAACAUUUUCCGUGCAAGUCCCGUACAGGAA